AUGGUGCAUACCUCGUUGGCUGCUGGCAGGGAAGUUUGUGCGCGCACCAGCAGCGCUUCAGACGCGCUCCACUCUGUGCGCGGUGCAUUUCGGUCCCUGCCCGUUCCCCCGAAGAGCCCCAGUCAUCUAGUAUCGUCAUGUCAUGUUCACGGCACCGAGAAAAGGCAACACUCUAUGGGAAACCCACUGAAUAGAGGACUUGCUCUGCUCAGGACCAAACCGCGCACAGAAAACGGCACAGGUCCCCAGAUCUUGCGAAACCCUAAACCACGACCGGUCAGCUAUCACAUCAAUGGGGUCAUGACGACUGACUUCCCAGUGGAGGACAAGAGCUCCUUCAGUGUGAGCCAGCCUGAAAAAGUACUGGUGACCCCCACUCCCAACACUGCAGUGCUCAAACAUGUUCUCAACAAACCUGCUAAAAAGAACCGUGUUGUUCGGAGCAUCAGCAUUGGGCACUUUUCCAAUGGACGAUUUUCACUUCCCAAAUUUAGUCGAACCCCCACCCCGUCCCACAGCUCUACGUCCAGCAUCCCAUCACUGUCCUCUCUCAACUCCUCGGACCCCCCAACCCCACGCUCGUCCUCCCCAGAGAGGACACAAAGCAAAUGCUCUGUGACUGAAUCACGUCAUUCCUCAUCUUGUUCUACCUCUCCGUCCAUCUCGCCCCAGCCACCCAUUGUCCUCAGCACCAACAGUCCGGCUGCUCGGAAAAUGGGAACGCAGCAGCUCAUCCCCAAAGGUUUGGCUUGUGAAGUGCGGCAGAGCAAAGUGGCAUCUCCGGGGGCGACACAGGGACAAGGACUAGCCAGUCUGCUGGGGCUGGACCACUCCAAACGGUCAACAAAAGCCCUGAGCAUGUUGGAAACUGGAGCUUACUUUUCUACAGGGUCGCAGAGGCAUGGAGAGGGGGAUGGAGACAGUCCUGGAACUUUGAGGAGGGGUCUGAGGAGCACUUCCUACAGAAAGGCUGUAGUCAUGGAUGAAGUGGAUAAUGUCUCUGGAGAUCCUAAAAGUUUACAACUCACUCAACCUGUCAAAGGAAUACACAACGAGAAGACUUCUUCACCGACUGGUUCUCCGGCUACUCCAAAUUUCUUUGGGGCUAACAAAUCUGCAUUAAAUGCAAAUGUUAGCCCUAAGACAACUAAACCAUCCAGUCCUGUGAGCGAUAAGCCACUGGGGAUAGGAAAAUAUAAGAUAAGUCCAGAGAAGAAGAAUGUACUGGCCAGCCAGAGCACAUUUGAUAGUGAAGAGGAGGAGUUGUACCAAAACUAUCAGGAAAAGGCCUUGCAUAACGACUCAGAUGAGGACGCUGAUUCCCGGGAGCCCAAACCUGACAACAACAUCGUGGUGCAGUACAAGCCCUUACGCACCUCCUGGAGCCAGCUCAGCGUGGUAAAGAAAAGUGGCCUAUCGAAGCGCUUGAGCCAAGAGGAACGCAAGAGGCAAGAGGCCAUCUUUGAGGUGAUCUCGUCCGAGCACUCGUACCUCCACAGUCUGGAGAUCCUGAUCCGCAUGUUCAAGAACUCUGCAGAGCUGAGUGAGGCUAUGACCAAGACCGAACACCACCACCUCUUCUCCAACAUCACGGACGUCUGCGAGGCCAGCAAAAAGUUUUUCAAUGAGCUGGAGGAGAGGCACCAGCAGAGCAUAGUCAUCGCCGACAUCAGUGACAUCGUCGGCAAACAUGCUCAGUCCAACUUUGAUCCCUACAUCACGUACUGCUCCAAUGAGGUGUAUCAGCAGCGGACUCUGCAGCGGCUUGUGUCAAAGAGUCCAGUGUUUAAGGAGGUGCUGACGAGGAUCGAGAGCCACCCGGAGUGCAGGAACCUCCCCAUGAUCUCGUUCCUCAUUCUCCCCAUGCAGAGAGUGACCCGGCUGCCCCUCCUCAUGGAUACUAUUUGUCAGAAGACGCCCAAGGAUUCAACACAUUACGAAGACUGUAAAAAGGCUUUGCAAGCAGUCAGCAAGGUGGUGAGGAAGUGUAACGAAGGAGCUCGCACAAUGGAGAGGACUGAGAUGAUGUACACCAUAAACUCCCAACUGGAAUUCAAAAUAAAGCCGUUUCCCCUGGUCUCGUCGUCCAGGUGGAUGGUCAAAAGAGGAGAGCUGACAGCAUUUGCGGAGGACAGCGGCAUCUUUCUCAAACGGACGUCACGGCAACAGGUCUACUUCUUCCUGUUUAAUGAUGUCCUGAUCGUCACUAAGAGGAAGAGCGAGGACAGCUACAGCGUAAUCGACUACGCUCUGAGGGAUGAGAUCUGGGUGAGGUGCUGUCAGCCCGAGGACCUGGGCCUGUCUCCGGUCCGAAGCCCCACCAGCAUGCUGAGCUCCAAACAGGCCUCCAGUCACCUCUUCAGACUCACCUUCAGAAGCAAACACUCUGGGGAGAAGGCACUCAUGAUCCUGGGGGCCGAUUCACUUAAUGAGCGUGCACGCUGGGUCAGCGCCUUGGGCCAGAGCGUCAACAACAAGAAGAGCCUGGACAGAAAUGCCAUGCAAGUAGAGGCGAUCCGGACGUACACAGCCAAGCAGCCCGACGAGGUGUCUUUGCAGGUGGCUGAUGUCGUUCUGAUCUCACAGACAGUAGAUGGUUGGUAUGAAGGGGAGCGUCUGCGUGAUGGGGAGAGGGGGUGGUUCCUUAUGGAAUGCACUCAGCCAAUCACGUGCCAGGCUACCAUCGAGCGCAACAUGCAGAGGAUGGACCGUUUACAAGGACUAGAGACAAACGUUUGA